CGCCGCCGCCCAAGCUCUUCGCUUGCCUCCCGCUUAUUCCUCUAAUUUGGUAGCAGAGGUUGGCGAAGAAGGGAAUGGGAAAGGCGGCGAAGGGAUCGCGGAAGGGGAAGAAGGCAUGGAGGGCCAACAUCAGCACCAACGACAUCGACGAUUACUUCGACAAGUCCACCAAGGACUCCCUCACCGGCAAGGCCUCCGCCAUCGCCUCCCUCCCCAGCGACUCCCUCUUCUAUGUUGACACGAAAUCUACUGACAAAAUACCUGCUAAAAGAAAAAUUGAGAAACACAGGGAAAAAGUUCUCCAUUACGAGAGCUUGCUUCAGAAAAAUCCUUUUGUCCAAGCUGUUCCAUCUUCUUCUUCAAAAAAAUCAAAGCGGAAAAAGAAACAAGUGAACACACAAAUAAUACAGACUGACAAGUCUUCACAGGUAGAUGAUAUGACUUCCACUCUAACUGACAUAUGGAAUAAUGAAGGUGAAGCAACUGACAGGCCUAAAAAGAAACAGAAGUCUUCCAUCAUUCCAGCUGUUGAAGUGGAGCCACCAGGCUGUUCAUUUAACCCUUCAUUUGAGGCUCAUCAAGAUUCAUUGGCUCUAGCUGUUGCCAGUGAGAUGCAGAAAAUUUAUAAAAAAGAAUUGGGUCCUCAGCCUGUACCAGAAACAGUUCCAGGAGAAGCAAUUGCAGAUGAAGACAAAUAUUUUCUGGAGGCAGACAAUGGAAAUGAAAGUGAUAUAGAAGAGGAAACAGAUAAUAUUACUGAUCAACAACCUCUGCCAAGAAAGUCAAAAACAAAGAGGGUAACUCGUGUGGAAUUAAAUCGACGAGCCAGGCGCAAGGAGCAGCUAAAAACAGAACUACAAGCUGAGAAGAUAAGCAAACUUUCCAAGGAAAUUGAUAGUUUACCAGAUAUAAUGAAGGAAAUAACUAAAGAGGAUGAAGAGAAAAAUAGAAGACUGAUAAGGCGCACUGUGGCUAAGCAGGAGAGACUGAAAUCUGCACCACCUCGUCUAGGAAAGUACAAAUUUGAGCCAGCCCCUGUGCAAGUUCUUUUAACAGAGGAGAUUUCUGGAUCCCUUAGGAAGCUGAAGGGCUGUUGUACUCUUGUGAAGGAUCGAUACAAAAGUCUGGAGAAAAGGGGUCUGCUUCCUCCAAGAGCUAAAGGGAGCAGGAAGAGGAAAUAAUAUAACAUCAAUGAUGGGUAGAUCAAGAUGAACGUCAGACUCCUCAGCAAUGAUUUUGUGGAUCACUCCAAAAAAUUUCUCCUUUUAAGUAUGUUAAUGAUUCAUAACUCCCAAGUUGUGGUCGUCAGACAGUUGUAGUUAGCUAUACCUUGUUGAAGAUGGAUAAAUAUGAUUUGUAUCCUUUAUAUAUCGAGAAGUAUUGACAUAAAAAAAUUUAUAAUUUUGUAUUAUUUUUUUGUCAUCUUUUUCAUGAAGGAUUAUGAUAUCUCCAUUUCAUUAUCCUCUUGAUUUA